AUGGAAAGCAUCGUGGAGGUCAUGGAAAGCGUCGUGGAGGUCAUGGAAAGCGUUGUGGAGGUCAUGGAAAGCGUUGUGGAGGUCAUGGAAAGCGUUGUGGAGGUCAUGGAAAGCAUGGUGGGGGUCAUGGAAAGCGUCAUGGAGGUCAUGGAAAGCGUUGUGGAGGUCAUGGAAAGCAUCGUGGAGGUCAUGGAAAGCAUCGUGGAGGUCAUGGAAAGCGUCGUGGAGGUCAUGGAAAGCAUGGUGGGGGUCAUGGAAAGCGUCAUGGAGGUCAUGGAAAGCGUUGUGGAGGUCAUGGAAAGCAUGGUGGAGGUCAUGGAAAGCGUUGUGGAGGUCAUGGAAAGCAUGGUGGGGGUCAUGGAAAGCGUCGUGGUGGUCAUGGAAAGCAUCGUGGAGGUCAUGGAAAGCGUGGUGGUGGUCAUGGAAAGCAUCGUGGACGUCAUGGAAAGCGUCGUGGUGGUCAUGGAAAGCGUCGUGGAGGUCAUGGAAAGCGUCGUGGUGGUCAUGGAAAGCAUCGUGGAGGUCAUGGAAAGCGUCGUGGUGGUCAUGGAAAGCAUUGUGGAGGUCAUGGAAAGCGUCGUGGUGGUCAUGGAAAGCGUCGUGGAGGUCAUGGAAAGCAUCGUGGUGGUCAUGGAAAGCGUCGUGGAGGUCAUGGAAAGCAUGGUAGGGGUCAUGGAAAGCGUCGUGGAGGUCAUGGAAAGCAUGGUAGGGGUCAUGGAAAGCGUUGUGGAGGUCAUGGAAAGCAUGUCGGACUCUGGCAGGUCGUGGGCAGAGGUUGUGGGUAGGAUAUUGGCCGAUGUUUUGGACCAGAUGGGCACCUCUUUCCGCAGUCACUUUCCAUGA